AAACCUUAUUUACGGCAUUUACGAUUUCUACAACAAAUGGCAUCUCCGGUUCCCCCUAACAAUUCCACCCCAAAGACUGGUUCAAUACCUACAUUGACAGCCGGCAAAAUACUGCUUUUAGCCAAUAAUUCUGCUGCAUUUCGAGGUAAGAAGCGUUCAUCUAGUCCAGCAACCUGCAGCUCACCGCAAACCAGUAACAUCAUCGGCAAAAAGAAAAAAGGACCAUGCACGACAACCCCAACGCUAGCACAGAUGGUCUCACCAGAGACCUUGACAGAAAUCAAGGUAGUCGGAAAGGUAGAAGGUAACGUUAGUCAAACCACUACAGAACUGACGGUCAACACUCCAUCAUUCAAAGCUCCUACAUUCACGCAUUCAGGGAUUGGAGGUGCCGCAGCAGGCAAGAAGAACAGGACCUGGAAGAACCUCAAACAGAUCUUGGUUUUGGAGCGGACUCUACCCUGGACUGUCAAUGAUCCCAACUACUUCUGUAUUGAUGCUCCCCCUUCCUUGAAGCCAGCAAAGAAAUACUCCGACAUCUCUGGACUUCCUGCAAACUACACAGACCCGCAGACCAAACUACGCUUCACUUCUUCAGAGGAGUUCUCUUAUAUUCGCCUGCUCCCCACCGAUGUCGUCACUGGCUAUCUGGCCCUUAGAAAGGCCACGUGCAUUGUGCCCUAACUGCCUAAGAGGGACCAUUAACAUACGACUGGUUGACAGUCUACAACCAUUGACUUCUAUGUUCCUGCGGGAGGCCCAUGAAGUGCUGCCUGGUAUCAAAAGAGUGUCUGGAGCUCAGGCUGGCCAGAAAGAGACAGACCAGGUUUUCUGCGCUACUAAGGUACCAAGGCCACGACUGAUGUCCCAGACUGGACGGGACAAAGCAGGGGCACUCAAAGUGUGGUUUAAAUAUAAAUGUUUCAAUGAUGGGUUGAGGCAUUUUGGAUGUGUCCAUUUCUGCUGAUUAAAACCUCAACGGUCAGUGUUGUUUUUAGAAGACAUGUGAUUGAAAUGACGACAUCUGUCUCAGAAAUGAUUUGGUAAUUCCACGCAGGCAUUGAAUAAACUACUGUAAAUAAACAGGUUUUUAUAUUCAAA